UGCAGUGGUACUUGUAGGUGGGUUCUUUGCUGCAUACUCUCAAUAGGAGAAACGUAGAGGUGAAAAGGUUGUGGGUUCAGUCAUGCUUGCUGGCUUUUCUCGGAGAUCUGCAUUCGCCGCCACAAGGUCGUCACUUUUUGCCCGGCAAGCAAGAUCCUCUACUACUCCUUCGCUGUCUUGCAACACCACCAAGAGGACAAUGUCUUCCGACCCCGUUGCCCUUCUCCUCGGCGACAAGUUCCCUGAUUUCGAGGCAGAGACGACGGCGGGCCCCAUCAAGCUCCAUGACUAUCUCGGGUCCUCCUGGGGGCUGCUUUGCUCGCACCCGGCCGACUUCACGCCGGUGUGCACCACCGAACUUGGGACAUGCGCGAAGCUGAACGUGGAAGGCGGUGAGUUCCCGAAGCGGGAUGUGAAGAUGUUGGCCAUCUCGUGUGAUCCGUUGGAGUCGCACCAGGGCUGGAUCGGCGACAUCAAGGCACACACCGGCCACGAGGUCAAUUUCCCGCUGAUUGCGGAUGCCGACCGCAGCAUCGCGGCUUCCCUGGGCAUGCUGCACCCGGACCACAUGAGCGCGGAGGGCCUCCCGAUGACGGUUCGCACCGUGUACGUCAUCAGCCCCGAGAAGAUCCUCAAGCUCGCGCUCACUUACCCGGCUUCCACCGGCAGGAACUUCGACGAGAUCAUUCGGGCGAUCGACUCCCUACAGCUCACGGCCACCCGCAGCCUGGCCACCCCAGCCGACUGGCAGAAGGGCGGCAGUUGCAUGGUUCUGCCCACGGUCAGCCCCGAAGAUGCGGCUGAAAAGUUCCCCGAGCACAAGACGAUGGAAGUGCCCUCGGGCAAAGGGUACCUGAGGGUUACCCCCACGUCGUGAUGGGUUAAUCCAGUCCACAAGAUCAUGCGCUGCGCUGAAAAAGCAACCAACGAGUUCACGGUUGCUCAUCUUGGCUCUUUGGGAUGCGAAGUUCUUCAUAUGGUGUACGUUAGACCGUUGCUCCUAACUUGUGUUCGUGUGCAACUCUGACGCUUCUGUGUAAACAAUGGGAGCCGUCGCUGGGAGGAAGGCUGGACUAUUGGCAUAGAUUAUGAUCUGAGAUGGUUGUUUUAGAUGUUCAGUAUGAGGCGUGUAAGGUUCCACUAGAUAUGCCCAGAACACGAUCGUAUGCUAGCACACGGCAGUAGUAUAUAUAUUCCUUCUGAUUUUGGUGGAAACGAAAUCCGUAUUAUUUGUUGCCCACCCUGUUGUAGACCAUGUGCCACAAGGCUAUGAAACCUUCGGGGCGCGGCUUUGUAGAACUUGACCUCACUGUUUUAUAUUUUCCCCUUUCCUCCGUCCUCGGGGGGGGGAUGGGAGUUGUUUUUGGAGGAAGGUGAGAACCAACCCCAGAAGGAUCACGAGGUAUUCUUCGUUGUUGUAAUAUCUUGGUGGACCUCCUCUUUCGUGGCUUACCCCAAACCCUAAACCAGGAACAACAAGCCGUGCGUAUGCGUAGUAAACACUUUCAUCUAAAUAUGUAACAGGUGGUGCGUGCUUGCUUGACAACUUAAAUGAUUGCCUUUGC